UGUUCGCUAAUACCUACCAACUCGCCCAACAACAAGUUCUACUAAACUAUACAUCUUCUUUUUUCGAGUUCGGCUUGAAGGCACUCUCGAUGUCAUUGCAUCGAUCAGAUUAUGCAUGUAGGUGACGAACCUUGCUGUAGCAUUGGUGUGGUCACAGAAAUCUGCAAUUUUGUUAUUGUACAAAAACAAGCCAUGCAGAAAUUGUGGGCUAAAAAGGUGGAAUGCCAAAUUGUUAUUAGGACUCAAGUGGACAUUAGUUAUUUUAGAGCGCAGCUCUUUGGCGUCCCUUCCUGGGUUUCGCGUCGUCGUCGGCGUCGUCGUCGUCGGCGUCGGCCUCGUAACCAGCUCGCCUCCGCCGCCGCGCUCCGCCGCCGCGCAUGCGCCGCUGCUCCGCCGCCGCGCAUGCGCGCUGUCGGCUCUCCGGGCGAGGGAGGAUGAUGGAAGGGAGGAGGAGAGACUGUGGAGGAGGGCUGGCUACACAAAUGGCUCUUUGGCGUCCGUUCCUGGGUUUCGCGUUGUCGUCGGCCUCAUAACCAGCUCCGCCCCCCUUUCAUCCCCCCAGCGCUAGCAGCGACCGACUGAUACCGCUUUCGUGAGUCAGCUACCGCACUCACGAAAGACGUCGUGCACUUCCUGCAACUCGCAUUAACCGUCCAUCGAUCCACACCGAUGUUAGUAGUGGGGGACUUUAAUGUUGACAUAAAGACAAACAGCAAUUUCCUAACACUUAUGCGGGAGAACAUCCCGUUCCUCUCGCUCGUAACGCGUCCCACGGCUGUGACAACCUCGCGAGGCACUUGUAUAGAUCUCGUCUUUGAGAAUCAAGCAUUGGUGUACCAAGUCGAACAUAUAUCAGUCUAUUUCUCCGACCACAAAGCUUCCUUCAUGACUGUCAAGAACUGGUAAUGGAGUCUUUGUUAAAGGAAUAUGUGUGAAAAAUAAAAAAAAAUUCUGUGAUAGCGCAUACAUGUGUUGCUCGAUUUCUUUGCCUCAAUCUAUCGAAAAGGUGAAACAGCUUAUUUGCUGCGCUCAAAUUUCGCAUUAGGAAGUAACGUAAUCGUCGGUAAUUUUUUUGGCAUUGCUUUCAAUGUGACUUGACACUUAUCAUGGUCAUGGGCUAUCUUAAUGGGCCUCACGUCCACAUGCCCCUCUGGUGUUUUGAAGCCUGCCUUGAUGAAGCCAUUGCGGACACAUUUUACUAAGUGGAAAGUCGCAGAAGAAGAAAAGGCGUCUGUCAUCUCCACAAGGAUGGGCUGUCGAUGGUUUGAUAGCUUUUGAGCUUGCUGAAAUGCCAAAAUUGCGCCACAUUGCCCUAUUCCAUGACGCCCCAUCACAGGUAACGUAGUCAACCUUAAGACCAGCAUUUUCAGAAAGCAACACAGCUUCCAAAAGAAUCUUCGAGAGCAACGGUGCUUUAACAUUUCCCUUAGAGACGAAAACACGAAGGAUUUGAUGCCAUGACCCUGAAAGAGGCUGAAACAUAAUAACCAGUCCAUGGUCACAAGUAACUGUCUUGUCAGCCUCAGGAGUGUAGGGGCCAAGAUCAACGCACCCGUCCACUUUACCAGAGCCGCUUGCAACAGCGAAGUUUUCUGCAAGCUUCAUCUCGUCGACAAUAAGGUCACCAUGGGACCCAGAUUCAGUCAUCUCUUGUGUUUUUCUUGAUAUGCCAGAAAGCACUGCUGCAUUGAAUCCAAUCUGCUUUCGUAUUUCUUCAUAUACUUCCUGAGACAAGUGCGGCUAGGCAGCACAAGUAUUUUUUGUUUUCGUACAUGUGCGUAGAGACGUUGGCUUUUUAUGUGCAUUAUAAUACAUUCUAGCAUCCACUCUGGAUUAUAGCGCAUCCCUUUGACAGAUUUUCGGCUUCCAACCUUAAAACACUGCAUGAUUGCAACUCUUUGUUUUUGUGGAAGCUUUUCGGUCUUUUUUAUCACAGUACUUUCUUCAAUAUCCUCAUUCUCCUGCUUCAUUUGAGUGAUGGUUCGAUCCAAGCUUUUUACUUUGGCUCUGAGACGUCUCACUGCUUCGGUUCUUACCCUCAACUUUCCAUAAUCAUAACUGACAUUUCGCUUUUUUUCCCGGCACCGUUGAUUAAGAAGAAGCCUUCUCAAAUACUUGCAGGCGACGCACCGCAUCUCAUUUUCGCUCACGGCACCUUUGCACUGCAUAUGAUGAAAGCCUUCGCUCCAUUUGAUCAUUUUUGAGCAGCUAACAUGGGAGAACUCAGUCAGUAACCCCGCUCCUGCGCGAUCUCCUGCAGCACAGACGCUGGAUCGCAUUUCUCGUCCAUCGCCGUGAGUUCCACACCCCGGACGAACACCUGAUGCUUGACAGCGGUGCCCUCGCUGCGGAACAAAACAAGCUCCUCCUCAUGGAGGAGACUCGUGCAAGUGUUCGGCUGGCCGGCUGCAUCUGGCUCUUGCUUUUUCCUCAAAAAACCAGGUAUUUUGCAUUUGGCUCUUCCAAAUUUUAGCUGGGGUUACUUUUAAACGUGUAGGGACCUCAUUCGUUGUGAAAACCGGGCGGGGAAGGGUUUAAUUUUCGAUAUUUCGGUGCUUUCUUGUUCGGCCAGCCAUCGGGCACAAGAUGGCCAUGGCUCAUGCCCUUUGAGCCUGAGCCCGGCCAUGCCCAAUACUGCCAGAGUCCAUAAGCUCUCGCCGUCUCCGCCUGCAACGGCCAGCGCGGGUGCGUCGCCGAAAUCGGAUUUUUCCGAUGCCGGCGACGACAUCCUCGCGGCAAUCGCGUUACAGGAAGAGACCACGGACCGGACCGCGCCGGCUGCGGCGGGAGACGAAGACGACCAGCUGUCCUCGGUUUCCCAGGCGACCGCGGUGGCGUCUCCCGCGCUCGCGGGGGACCGCGGCGAGCGGGGGCAGGCUCGCCUGCACGAGAUCGAGGAGGAAAUCCAGCUAUACUGCUCGAACGCUGCGAACAAGGUGUCCGUCGCUGCACGCAGCUUCAUCGCGACCCGGCCCAACGAGAUCGUCCACCUGUUCUCGGACCUGCGGUCGGACGGGUCGCUGGAGCGGGGUGCGGCCGUCGCCCUGCGUGGCGAGUUGGUUGAGGCGCGCCGGGAGGUCGCGGCGCUGCAGCGACGGGCCAUAGUCGCCGAGGGGCGCCUCGACGGCUCUAUCGUCAUGGCACCCGGUCCUGGGAGUGCGGGACGCGAUCCCGGCGCGUCCGCGGCGGCUGCCGGCUCGGGCCCUGGUGUUCCGGCCGCGGCGGCGGGCGCCGUCAGCUACACCGCGGCGCUGAGGGCGUCGCCCGCGGCGGGGGCGAGCGGCGUCGGACCGGCCGUGGCGGCGGGCGGACGGCGCCGACGUUCGAGCACGUGGCCUUCCUCACGCCCACGGCACCGACGACGACACCGCCGCGGGAUGCCCUGCGCCUGCUGAAGACGAACAUCGACCCGGCCGCCAAGAACAUCAAGGAGGUCACGCUGCGGCACACACGCUCACGUCGUCUGGUGGAGCUUCCUGCGGAAACUACUGCUGCUUACCUGGUGCCACAACGUUGGAUGGAUGCACAAGAAGCCUGCAACGAGCAUUUAUAAAUAAAAUAAACAUG